AUGGUUCGAGAUAAAGAUAUCAUAUGCAUUCAGCCUGGAAAUGCUUGUUUACAUAUGCAUAUUAGUGAAUCAUUUGCUCUCAGAGCACUCGAAAUUUUUGAUUUAACUAGAAUAGUUUAUGUCGAUGAUAUUCUUUUUAUUGUAGAAGCCUAUUGUCGAAAGCGACAGUUGGUGCCAAAUAUUGAAAAACAUAAAGAAAUUUUAAAAACAACCAUUUUAGAUAGGCGAAUUUAUAAUGUUCGAACAAGCUUUUUCUCUUGUACUCUUAUACUAGAAGAUCCAGACUCUUGUACCUUGAAUGAAACAUAUGUUGAUCUCGAUGCGUUAUUAGGACCUAUUUAUUCUACGCGAGGGAUUAAAAGAAAGGGUCAACUAGUGCUAUCCGAUAGUGAGAAUAGUGAUUUGGAAGAACAUUCUCAUGAACAGGACGAUCUUUGGCAGCCGGGUGCAGGCUCUUCUUCAAAGAAGAACGACAAGAAAGAUAAUAUUUCUGCUGAAAAAGAAGAACUUCGAAGAAAAUUUCUUCAUAUAAAAGAUGAACAUCAUAUCACCGAUUCAGCUAUAAAAGCUAUGUACAAAUUUUUUCGAGAGACCAAAGAAGCUUUUUAUUCAAUGGCAGAGCUCGAACAAGUACGAAAUGAAGCUAAUAGAAAAAUUCCUUUGACAUUCACAAAAGAUUCGACUUACGUGCCAUUUGAAUUUGCUCUACGAACUGCUGUUUUUGUAGCUAAAAAGUUUCGUUCCGAUCUUUUAUAG